AAAAAAGGGGAGGAAGUCAGGAAGCCGCCUGCCUGCCUGCCUGCCCGUGACAGCCGUAUCAAAGAAAAUCACUGUAAAAAAACAGAAAGAAAGGCCGGGACUUGAGCUUCAACUCCAACUCUUGUCCUUUCCAGCCGAGAAUAAGACUCCCAAACCGCCGCCGACAUGUCGAAGAGCACCGUGUCCGCCCGCUUCAGGCGAGUGGACGUGGACGAGUACGACGAGAACAAAUUUGUGGACGAGGAGGACGGGGGAGAAAACCAGCUGGGUCCCGACGAGGCAGAGGUGGACUCCCUUAUCAGGCAAGGAAAUCUCAUGGAGGCUUUGCACGCAGUUCUGAAGAACCCGCCAAUCAACACAAAGAACCAGAAUGUCAAGGAUCGCGCAGAGGGUUUGGUGCUGAAGGUGCUCAGUGCCUUUAAAAGCAGCGACAUUGAGAAAGGGGUGCAGUCCCUCGACAAGAACGGUGUGGACCUGCUGAUGAAAUACAUCUACAAGGGCUUCGAGAGGCCAUCAGAAAACAGCAGCGCGGUCCUCCUGCAGUGGCAUGAAAAGGCUCUGGCGGCUGGAGGAGUGGGCAGCAUCGUCAGGGUACUCACAGCGAGGAAGACGGUGUAAGAGAGGCAGCCGAGGAUCAGUUCACUCCACAUCUCUACAGGAGGACUGCAUCUGUACUGUACCGUUCACGUAAUCUGACAGAUAGCAUAGCGACUCAAAGGAGCAGCUGUUUUUUAACCCAGUGUACGAUCCUGCUGCGUUCAGUCUGAAAAAGAAAAGAAAAUCAGAUCUGGGUCACAUUAGGUUAAAAUAAAAAAGGGUUUUCUUCUUUCUUCCUAUGCACGAUCACAGUCUGCUAAAUUCCUCACAGGGUGCUACAGAUGAAUUCACACCCCAUCUGUGUGGGAUGCGUCCCUGAUAUUUUAACAGUAUCCCACCCUCCUCCCUCUCCAUGUCAUUCCUGUGCAGCAGCGGUUCCCAACCCAAAACGCUGGUCAGCAUUUGAGUAUUGAUUUUGACACGUCCCUCUAAUAUUUUGUCUUGUUAAUUGCUAUACGGGGCAGCACGGUGGUGCAGUGGUUAGCAUUGUCGCCUCACAGCAAGAGGGUUCCAGGUUCGAAUCCCGGUCUGGGCCCUUCUGUGUGGAGUUUGCAUGUUCUCCCUGUGCCUGUGUGGGUUUUUGGUACUCUGGCUUCCUCCCACAAUACCAAAAACAUGCACAUCAGGUUAAUUGGCUACUCUACAUUGCCCCUAGGUGUGAGUGUGAGAGUGUGUGGUUGUUUGUGUGUUGGCCCUGCGAUUGACUGGCGACCAGUCCAGGGUGUACCCCACCUCUCACCCGUAGUCAGCUGGGAUAGGCUCCAGCUCCCCCGCGACCCUGCCGGAUAUACAAAAUGGAUGGAUGGAUGGAUAGUUGUUAUACCUUUUUUUUAAUUAACCUCAGCCUGUGUGACGAGGAGUCACCAGCAGACCUCCUUUAAUUUAAGCGUUCGGGAGCCGCUGCUGUACACAGCUGAUAUGAACAAACACAGCAGCGUAUCCAGCUUUGCUUCUCUCAGGAAAACUCUCUCGGUGUCGGUUUUUCGCAUCAUUCCCUUGUGUCAUUUGCGCAGUAGAGACUUCCUGGUGGAAUAAAAGCCUGAUUCUCUGUCAGUAAAUCCUCUCACUGCCUCUCGACAUAACACUUUAGCAGCGGGAGCAUCCUGAAAAGCACAGUCACAGAUGGAGGGUGGUGGAUUUGGUCACGGGGGUCGCCGUGCACUUGCGGGGGUGGGGUGGGGUGGUGUCAUCCAUCCAUCCAUCCUUUCACGCUGCCGGCUGCCCCAGUUAAGUAUUAUUACCCACGAUGCAUCUCCACUACCACUCUUAUUAAUCUCAUUUUACUGAUCCUGACAUUCUGUGUACGUCUGUCUUGUCUGUCUGCUACUGCACAUCAUGUGGCUCUGCUGUUUAAAGGAGCUGCAUUUUGUCUGUAUUUCAGGAAAAUGACCCUGAGAGUCUUUUAUCAGAUUGCUUUUUUUUUAUUUUUGGUAUUUAACAGAAAGGUAAUCUAGGAUUAAACAUUUUCCUCUUUAUAGUAAUGACUUUUGCCUCGAGGCUAAAUCCCGACUUGAUCAACAUUUUUUAAAAAAAGUUGUUUUAAAGGCUUAACAAUAUCAAGAGAGACUAAGAUAAUGAUAAUAUUUUGGUUCUCUGAAAAUGGAGAGGGAAUUUUAUGUGAUUUUAAAAAAAUAUAUAUUGUUUGCAUGAUUCCAUGGUAGAGAGUUUUAAGUAUUUUCUCAAGCAUUUCAUACCUGUCUUUUGUACACGUUUAUGUGUCUCUUCUGGAAGAUUUAAGCGGAAAAACGGAAAAGUAAAAAGUUUUAUCUGCCUUAUCGGGUAGAUUUCCUCUGUUGCCAAAUGAUUAUUAUUUUUGCUUCCAUGGAGAAUUUAGUUUCCAUUGUGUGCUAGAGAAGGAUUUUAACGACCGAGUGAUGGCGUUGUAACAGCACAAACUAACACAAAACCGCGUUUAAAGAAAAAAAAAAAGAAUGUCGCGGUUUUGAAAAUAAACAGCGCGUGGACGUAAUGACGAAGGACGUUCAGCUCCUGCGUCAUGUUUCGUUCCUGCUCAUUUCCGGUCGCGUGAGUGGAAUUUCUGAUUGGAUGUUGCUUUUGCUAAAACGCAUCGCGAGUCGCUUUCUCACCAGUUGAUGUUUAGACGUGGCUUUUCAUGUGUGAAUACUGUCAUCAGCCAUGAUGCAUCCAGACAUUAGAUUCCUUUUUCUCUAAUGCAGUAACGUCUAGUUUUACAUGUAAGCGAAAAGGAGAACGUUAUGGUUUCUUCUUCUUCUUCUUCCUCUGCCUCACGUGUUCUAGUCGGAGACGAGGGAGAAUACUAAACUGAUGUACAAACUGCCUUAUUCGAUAUUCCUUUUUUUAUGUUUGUUCGUUUUUGACUAAAUAAAUAAAUAAAAGGUAUGAAUGCUGA